UGCAGGAAGGCGGAGGUGGAGGAUCUGGGGGCGGUCCCUGGACCAGCUCCAUCCCACCUCGGGAACACCAACCAGGUGCAGCGGCUCCUUCCUCCUCCUCCCUCCCGGAGCUCGGUGGCUCUGAGCGCGGUGCAGAGACGGAAGAAGCCGCAGUGUGGAGCAGAGAUGUGGGCGCGCUGACGGAACGAGUCCGCUGCGUUUCUGUGGGCCGGCCGGACAACAGACUGCAGCCGCGUCCUCCUCCAGCCGCGGAGCUCCGUGUCCCCUCCCGGAUUCCCAAGGCGCUGUCCGGAUGGCUGGACACCACUGGGAGGACUGGUUCGAGCGGGAGGAGUUUAUCGGACAGAUCAGCGACAUCCGAGUGCAGAACCUGCAAGUGGAAAGAGAGGUGGUGCAGAAGAGGACGUUCACACGAUGGAUGAAUCUGCACUUAGAGAAGUGUGACCCGCCCCUGCAGAUCCAGGAUCUGUUCCAGGACAUCCAGGAUGGACACGUCCUCAUGGCUCUGCUCGAGGAGCUCUCUGGCUGCAAAUUGCUCCACGGCUUCAAGAGGUCCGCCCAUCGAAUAUUCCGACUCAACAACAUCGCCAAGGUGCUUUCCUUCUUGGAGGAGAGAAACGUGAAGCUGGUGAGCAUCGAUGCAGCCGACAUCGCUGAUGGAAACUCCUCCAUCAUCCUUGGACUCAUCUGGAACAUUAUCCUCUUUUUCCAGAUCAAAGAGCUGACGGGAAACAUCCGGAGCCAGUUCCCCUCCUCUUCCAGCUUGUCAUCCAUCCCCACCAGCUCCGACUCCGACACGUCCUUCGGCAGCACGCCCUCAGAGGAGCGACAGUCUGCGGCCGUCACCAUGAGGGAGAACAGCAAGGCCAUCAAGAAGCUGCUGCAGUGGAUCCAGAGGAGAACUCGGAAGUACGGGGUGGCCGUGCAGGACUUUGGGAAAAGCUGGACCAGCGGCCUGGCCUUCCUGGCCGUCAUUAAAUCCAUUGACUCCAGUCUGGUGGACAUGAGGAAGGCCCUGCUGAGGACUCCCAGAGAGAACCUGGAGGACGCCUUCAGGAUAGCUCACUACAGUUUGGGAAUACCGCGACUACUGGAGCCUGAAGACUUGGCUAUAAGCCCACCGGUUGAGCAGUCCAUCAUCAUGUAUGUUUCCCAGUUCCUGGAGCACUUCCCCGGCAUACAGGAGUCCGAGGAGCCCUCGCAGGUGAUUGAGCGUAGUGUCUCCAUGGGCAGGCUCAACUUUCGAGACGUUGAGCAGGAGCACAUGAGGAAUGGGGCUCCUUACAGCAGAGUGAAGCACCGUUCCUACAUGUUCCAGAAAGACUCAACCAAACCUUCACCCAAAGUCUUGAUGUCCUCGGUGUCGGAAGACAGGAGUGUGCUGGAGCCGCGUUUCAGGGCGGCUGCAACUCGAUCGUGGUCCAGUGAGGACAUUUUAUCGGACUCCCCCCAAACCGUCGACGUCUCCAACAUGGUGGACGUAAACACCAGAGCGCCGGGCAGCGAUGUCCUACAGGACUUUGGUUCCCCUCAGCAGUCCUUCACCCACUCACCCUCAUCGGUACCGGAGUCGCUGAUUGGAGACUCUGCCAUCAACUCUCCGGACUCCUGGAUGGAGGGUGAGCUGAACCCGGACAGGUUCUGUGAGAGUCGCAGUGACAGUUCUUUCUGCGACAGCGGGAUGGCCUGGGACGUUUACCGGGCCACGCCGGUGGAGGUGACGCCAUACGAUGAGGGAUUUGUCUCCUCCGUGGAGGACCGAGCUCCCGAUGAGUCCAUUAUCGAGACGUACAUUGAUGACCACAUGAGCUCUCUGGACAGAACUGAUACGCAGAUUGAGAGAGACCAAGAGGAAGACGGGAAGGAGAAACAGGAGGACACUGAGAAGCAGUACCGGGACCCAGAACCAGACGUGGCAACUGGUCCUAGAGAAACCAACCGUGCAGAUGAAACUCCACUUCAAACGGACAAAGUUCCUACAGAACAGAAAACUUUGGAUGAACGUUGUGAAGCAGAAGGACUGGAGAGCUAUGGUUCUGGAGACCUCGUUCAGAAACCUGAUCGGCAGAACCACUUUGAGCCCAUCUUCUCCACUGAACCCCCUGAAGAGACCCCUCUGAAAGAAGUGGGCAGAGAAGGAAGUUACCGGGGCGGGACGUUUAACGGGCAAACGGAAAGUCUGGAGCAGAGGCAUCGGGGGGAAACUGGAGCUCCAGGGGAGGAAGUAGAGGAGUUUAGAAAUAAGUCAGAGAGUUUAAAAGACCCAGCAGUCGAAAGAGACUCCUCAGAGCGUAAAGAAAGCAGCGGGUCAGAAACUUUACAUAGACAUGCAGCCAACAGUGGCACAGCAUUCAAACCAAGUCUGACCAUUCCUCUGAUCUCCAUCACCAGUGAGCCAGAGGAACCGGACGAAGAGAUAGAAUCUGACCCAGGAGCACUUGGUCAGGACGAGCAUGAAGGUCGGGAGAGUUCUCAAGGUCCAGAUCCACCAAACAGUGUUUGCAGUAAGGAUGAUGGACAAGAACCUCCAGAGUUCCCGUCCAGUUUGAUACCAGAAAACACUAUAACACUGGGAGACCCAGAAAGGGAGUCUGGGAAUGAUCCUGGUCAGCAGGAUGGCAGCCAUGGGACGCAUUCAGAGGGUAACCACAGGGAUAACAGAGACAAACAGGAGGAACGGUUUCCUGGGAUCGAGGCCCUGGAAGAUGGAGACGUUUCCGCUCGGUGUCCUUUGGUCAGCACCGACGACCAGCCUCAGAACCCUGACGGAGACGGCAGGAAUCACUCAGAUGGACACCAGGAAAAACCGACUCAAAGGGAGACAGAGAACCUCCCGGAUUCCUCUGAUAUCUCUCAGAACAUCCUGGAUCCAGAUUCACAGAAGCUGAACGGUCAGAUAGGGGUGCCUUGUUCUGGACCGGCAGAUUUACCCAGACACUUGGACCGGUUUUCCUCUGACUUUGACAGAAGUUUUCCAACAGACGACCUGGUCGGAGACAGAAUAGAACCCAUGGAUCUGUUCUACCCCGACAAGGAGGAGUCCAUCCUUCCAGAACCUCCUGACACCGAAAUGCAGAGGUGGCCUUCGGUCCUGAGCGUCUCCGCUCUCCAACCGGCGCCGCCUUCAGACGGACCAGAGGACCUGCUGGGUGAAGACUUCCUGAGUGGAGGAGAGCAUGAUCACGUGAUCGGUCCGACCAAUCAGACGCCCUCCGACUCGCCUCUGUCCCAGGAGCAGUGCGUGAUGUGCGGAGUGACGAUCGGAGCGCCGCAGGGCACCGACGCUUCAGAAGCAGACAGCGAAGGAAGCCCUCUUAGGAUGGACUCCAUCAGACCAGAUGAGAUCCACAUCCCUCCGGUUCUCCGACACAGGAAGGGAGCCCACCUAACGGAGUCCCCAGAGAAAACUAAAGCUGCAUCUAGAACGGCGGAACCUGAAGACUGUGAUUUAUGGUGGAGGGAGAACUGGGAGCUGUGCGUGCUUCUGCUGCUGUGGCUGCUGCUCUACUCCUUCAUGGUUCUUCCUCAGAUGGACCUGAAGACGCUGCCGAGCCUGUUGCUCAACCAAUGAAAACACACACACACACACACACACAUACUCACUCACUCACUCACUCACUCACUCACUCACUCACUCACUCACUC